AUGACUGGCCACACGCUCAGUUUCUCCACUUGUAGAUGUUCUUUGUUAGCGCUAUGUGUGCUCCUUGCCAUGAGCUGCCUGAUGCUAGCCGGCUGCUCUUCGGAGUCGUUGCCGACAAGUGAUGACGAGCACCCUGGCAAUCACCAUGAUCCGAUGAUCGACAGAUUCCACGCAUGGAUGACGGUGCAGAACAAAUCCUACUCCACGGCCGCUGAGAAGGUUCGUCGGUUCGGGCUAUACAGGAGGAACAUGAGGUACAUAGAGGCCGUGAAUGCCAAGGCGGCCACCUCUGGGCUCACGUACGAGCUUGGGGAGGGUCCCUUCACCGCCAUGUCAAAUCAAGAGUUCAUGGCGCUUUAUACCGGCCAGAUUCCGGAGGUUGAGCAUGGAGAAGAUGGUGAGCAAGAUGAGCAGAUUAUCGCCACCCAUGACGGCCCCGUGGGUCGCGCAGACACAAAUACUGUGUACACCAACUUCUCAGCGAGUGCGCCAUGGAGCAUCGACUGGAGGAAAAGAGGCGCCGUCACCCCCGUAAAAGACCAAGGGGAUUGCGGAAGUUGCUGGGCAUUCUCCGCGGCGGCGGCCAUUGAAGGAAUACACAAGAUAAAGAGAGGGAUUCUGGUGUCUCUGUCGGAGCAACAACUGAUAGACUGUGAUUUAGUUGAUGACCACGGUUGCAAUGCCGGCCUACCUAGCAAAGCCUUCCAGUGGGUCAAAACACAUGGAGAGAUCACCGCCGCAUCUUCCUAUAGAUACAAGGCAACCAUAGGUGGGUGCUUGACCAACCGUAAGCCGGCGGCAAAGAUCACUGGCUCAAUCCGAGUCAAGAGCAACAGCGAGGUGUCGCUGAUUAACGCUGUGGCGAUCCAACCGGUGGUUGUUUUGAUCUCAGUACAUGGCAGACAAUUCCCCCACUACAAGCGGGGCACCUACAACGGGCCAUGUGGUGCCGGUCUCAACCAUGCCGUCACCGUUGUAGGUUAUGGGCAACAGAUACAAAAUGGGCCCAGGUACUGGAUCGUGAAGAAUUCGUGGGGGGCGACAUGGGGUGAAAAAGGCUACAUUCGAAUGAAGAGGGGAACAAAAAAUCCAUCGGGGAAGUGUGGCAUUGCUACGAGCAUUCCUCGGAUCGAUCAGGCGGAGUAG